AUGUAUCAAUUAUUUAUAGUAUUGAUAAUAAUUUGUCAAUUAUACAUUUGCAAUACUUUUGAUAAUUUUGAUUUGUUUUCAAUACUUUCUCAAAGAGAUCCAAAUAUUAUUUAUCAUUCUCCUAUUUCACUCAAGUUAGUAAAUGAAUACCUUCAAAAUUUUGGCUAUAUUAAUCUUACAAAAAUUAAUGAUACAGAUAUAUUAAAUCCUAUGCCAAAUAAUAUUUUAUCAGAAUCUAUAAAAGAAUUCCAAAGAUUUAGUGGUUUAGCAGAAACGGGUAUUUUAGAUGAUGAAACAAGAUUAAAAAUGGGUGAACCACGUUGUGGCAUGAGUGAUAUUGAAUCAGAAGAUAAGAAUGAUGUUAAAAAACGUUCAACAAAAAGAUGGACUAAAUCAAGUAUAUCUUAUACAAUUAGUAAAUUUUCCCAGAAAAUCGACUCAUCAGACAGUAAGAAUGGAUUAUAUGAAGCAUUUGGUUUAUGGAGUGCUGUUGUUCCAUUAAAAUUUUAUGAAACAUUAUAUGGUGGAGAUAUUGACAUAAGAUUUGAAACUGGAAAACACAAUGAUCCCUGGCCAUUUGAUGGUAGUGGAGGAACUUUAGCUCAUGCAACAUUGGGACAAGGAGGAUUUUUACACUUUGAUGAUUCUGAAAAUUGGAAAUAUGUUAAGGAAAAUGAUAAACUUGAAGAAAAUGAAAUUGACUAUUUAAAUAUUGCAACACAUGAAAUAGGUCAUGCUUUAGGUUUGAAACAUUCUGGUGAUCCUAAUUCAAUAAUGACUCCAUUCUAUAGAAGAAAUGUUGAUAAAAAUGGAAACUAUAUUAAACCAAAACUAUCUUCUAGUGAUAUACAAAAUAUUCAGAGAAUGUAUGGUGGUUCAUUAAAUCAAGAUAAUACUUUGUUUUAUCUUUUUAAUGAAUUUUCUACAAAUUUCUUUAAUAAUAAUCCACCAACUCAAUAUAAUCCUUACUAUAAUCAAGAUCGUUACAAAAAUGAAAAUUAUAUACCUUCAUAUUUUUUUUAUUUUCCUUUUUUUGGUUAA